CUUCUUUGCUGCAAGAACAUCGGAGGGGUCACCGCUCUCUAGCCCAAGCGCAGGAUUCGAGCUCCCCCCAAGCAAUCCCCGGCCUGCAUCGUCUUCCUCCGCUCCUCCGUGGAUGGAUCCUACUAACUGCAAAAGGCAGAAGCAUGAAAUCGGGCACGACAGCUUGCCGAGCACCCAGUCCCUGUCAACCAUCAUCAGUCAUAACAGAUCUGUACGCCUUAGAUUUCUCAAAGGUUUCAAUGAGUUGAAGUACGGGAGUGUCACUGAAGAUUACAAGGCAAUCAAUAAAAAGAGGCAUGAACUUAUCAGCACCCUUGAAAAUCUGCAACUUGUACCUAUCAAAUUGCCCUAUGCCAGUGCAGCUCUCAACUUAUCAAAUGCGACACUACAUGAUGAAGCACAAAGUGGCAACAACAUUAGUUCUGAUAAUAUUGUCGAAUUGGAUCCGUACAAUGUUGGAGAUGAUACCCAUGGUACCAUGGACAAUACUGGGGCUCAGGAAACAGUUUGCUUACUUGAUUCUGAUGAUGAGGACAUGGUUAAAUCCUUUGUAUAUGGAAAUUUAUCUGAUUCUAAGCAAAAUACCGAUUUUAUCCAAGAAUGCAUGUUGGCUGAGCAGCCUUGUCAAUACCGGGACAUCAGUUCUGAAGCUCAACUUGUAGUUGAGCCAGGAAAGGACAGCAUGGACAUUGACAAUGAGAGUCGUGACAAGGAGAGAGAAACAAGGGAAGGAGAAGGUGAGGAUGUCCAAAGUAAACAACACAUGGAGAACAACAAUAUAUCUGUUGCAGAUUCUUGUGAAAUAUCUUGUGAGGUCAUACAAAGUGAUUCAACGGCAAAUGGACAUUAUAAUCACUAUGAUAACAAUGACAAUCCAGUUGAUGACCUGGAUGACCUUUGGAACGAAAUGUCGGUUGCAUUGGCAUGUUCAAAGACCAUUGGAAGCGAUCACAGUAUUGUUCCGUGGGAGAAGAAUAAUUCUGAAGUAGUGGAUGAUUGUCAUCACGACUUCCUGAUGAAAGAUGAUUUGGGCAUUGUAUGUCGUGUUUGUGGUUUGAUCCAGCAACGUAUCGAGAAUAUUUUUGAGAUAAACUGGAAAAAGCGUAAGCAAUCCCACAGAACUUAUGCGCCAGAACCCAGAAACUACAAUGAGCUGGAGGCAACUACCAGUCCUUCAGGAAAUAUUCUUCAAGUUGUCCCUGGUGCUCUCUCAAUCCACUCUCAGCAUUCAGAACAGAUGAAACCUCACCAAGUGGAAGGCUUUAAUUUCUUGGUCAAGAACCUGGCAGAUGAGAACAACCCUGGAGGUUGUAUUCUAGCACAUGCACCAGGUUCUGGAAAGACUUUUAUGCUAAUUAGCUUUGUUCAAAGCUUCCUGGCCAGAUACCCUGCAGGAAGGCCAUUGAUUAUCCUUCCAAAGGGCAUUCUGGCAACAUGGAGAGCAGAAUUUGUCCAUUGGCAAAUUAAGGACAUGCCCAUACCCUUGUUUGACUUCUAUUCCUCCAAAGCUAAUAACCGGUCUGAACAACUCAAGGUUUUGAACUUGUGGGAAGAAAAGAGAAGCAUAUUGCUGCUAGGGUAUCAUCAAUUUGCAUGCAUAGUAUCUGACAGGAAUACUUAUAAAAUAGAAGCUGUCAUGUGCCGAGAUAAGUUGUUGAAGGUCCCAAGCCUUGUCAUUCUAGAUGAAGGCCACACUCCGAGAAAUGAGCAAACUGACUUACUCACUGCACUUGGAAGUAUAAGAACUCCUAGAAAAGUGGUUCUCUCAGGAACAUUGUUUCAGAAUCAUGUAAGAGAGGUCUUCAACAUUCUGAACCUUGUGCGGCCAAAAUUCCUGAAGAUGGAGAAACCUCGUGCAAUAGUGAAGCGCAUACUAAGCAAGGUUGACAUGUUGGGGAAGAGUGCACGGUCAAAGUACACUUCAGAUAAGUACUUCUAUGAUGUGGUUGAAGGAAACCUUAAAAAGGAUGCAGAUGAUAAAAUGAGAGUAAUGAUCAUCCAGAAUCUACGCGAACUAACCGCGAAUGUGCUGCACUAUUAUAAAGGUGAGCUUUUGGAGGAACUACCCGGACUUGUGGACUUCACCGUUUUUCUGAAUAUGAGUACCGAGCAGGAAAAGAUCCUUAGGAGUUUGGUAAGACUAGAUAAUUUUAGCAGGAAAACAGCAUGCAGCGCUGUUUAUCUUCAUCCGUGCUUAAAGAAUAUUCAAAACGUUGAAGGGAAAAAUCGAGAUAUUGCUGUUCAGAAGAUUGAUUCCAUCAUAAAAAGUGGAAUUGAUAUCAAGGUUGGGGCAAAGGCAAAGUUUAUAUACAAUUUGUUGUGUCUUUCAGAGGCUGCAGGAGAGAAGGUACUCGUGUUCAGCCGGUAUCUGAACCCUCUGGUUUUCUUGGAAAUGCUGCUCAUAAGAAUGAAAGGAUGGAAACCAGAGGUGCACAUGUUUAAAUUAAAUGGUAAAUCAACACAAGAGCAGCGAGACAAGGCGGUUGAGAGAUUCAACCACUCAGCGGAUGCUAAAGUUUUGUUUGGUUCCAUCAAGGCAUGCGGCGAGGGCAUCUCCCUUGUUGGCGCGUCACGCGUUGUCAUUCUGGAGGUCCAGGAAAAUCCUUCCGUGACGCGGCAGGCAAUCGGACGUGCAUUCAGACCAGGGCAGUCCAGAAUGGUGCAUUGCUACCGCCUUGUUGCUGCCGACUCCCCAGAAGAGGAGGACCACAAAACAGCCUCCGGAAAAGAAUGGAAGUCCAAGAUGUGGUUCGAAUGGAACGAGCUUUGCAGCAAUGAUGACUUUGAGCUUGCCGCUGUCGAUAUUUCAGAGAGCGGGGACAGGUUUCUCGAACACGAGGCGCUGCGACAAGAUGUCAAAUCUCUGUACAGAAGGUGAACAACGGAGGCAAUCGCUGACCAGUGAGAAAGAAAGAGGAAGAAUAAUCUAGGUAGGAACUGAAGUGGCUUCUUUGCAGUAUUUUGUCUGAUCGUCUGAAGUGUGAUAGUACGAAGAGAUAUAACAACCAUUUGCACUCUCAAAUGUUAAAAGUGUCUAUUUGUUGGCAUUUUCUGUCUCCAUUAAAAUGAUGAUAAAUUUCUGGAGUCGUGGUAAUGUGGUACUGCUAAUGACUAUUCCAAUGUAAGUGAUCUAGGUUUCAGUUCAACUUUUGCUGUCAUGUGAGUCGAACCAAUUGUGUGGUGUUCUCUGUCCGCUGAACAAGUUUUUCAACUGUAUAAGAAUUGUUACCCUUACUGUCUGAUGAUUCUAUGUCUGUCCAUGGACAAAAUCUGAACAUCACGCAGUGUCAUGAUGCAUUUGUCAGCACUGUUUCCUUCUCAGGUUCAGAAAACCUGGUCUUUUUUUCUUGUUCCAGCUUGUAAAUGGCAGCACGUCUUCAGAAGUUCAGGAGAGUGAUACGGAGGGCAGAAGCAUGACACGUCUGCAUUGCUAAGAGCUAAAAAAGCUUGGGGCUAUUUGCAAGUUCCCUGAAAAUUAUCCAACGGCUCUCCUUCAUCUUCCUCCUCCCAGCGAUCUAAGCCAUCUCCUCCGUCCCUUCAUCUCCUCCGACGGCGACGCCAAGCCUCCGCCACGCCGUCUUGAGCUCGGACACCGUCUACGAAAAAGCCCCCCUCCCGCUCAACAUGUCAAGUCUCUACCGCUCCCACGCUAGUGUCGCCCCCGCUGCUGCUGCCUCGCGCGGGACGCCGCGGCCGGCUAUGUCAUCCCGUCCCCUCUGCGCCGCUCCUCCCCUACUUCUUCAGUUCUUCUAUCGAAAUCGACUUAAACCCGAAAAAAAAAAAUCAGUUGCGUUAUACUCA